CGGUCUAUCCGAUUUGCUCUAUCUAAUGUAAUCUCUGUUCCUCGCUGUCACAUGGUGGCUUGUUAGAGACAUAACCCGAUCAUUAGCAACUUCUGAACCAGUAUUAAAAGGCCUUAGUUACACUUCUGUACCUUAAGAGCUCCCAAUUUCUUGCUCAUAUGAAAAUACUUGUUCAAUUAAGAUACCCAUUUGCUUCUUCCUUUAGAUUCCCCACCCACGCUCGUGCUACGCAGAAAGCUUUCAUCUAUUGCUAUUCUACUACUAAACAAUACUCCCGAUUCUCUACAAUGGCUCCAGGACUAUUAAGUGCCAACGGCACUAAGAAGCACAAGGUGACCGUUAUUGGUUCUGGUAAUUGGGGUUCCACGAUCUCCAAGAUCGUUGCCGAGAACACCAAGGAGCACCCAGAUCUAUUCGAAGAGGAGGUGCAGAUGUGGGUAUACGAAGAAGAUGUAACAUACGAAGACAAGACACAAAAACUCACCUCCGUCAUUAAUAACCACCACGAAAACAUCAAAUACCUCCCCAACAUCAAGCUCCCCACCAACUUAAUCGCGAACCCCUCCCUCGAAGACGCCGUCCACAACUCCUCCAUCCUAAUCUUCAAUCUACCCCACCAAUUCAUCCACAGGAUCUGCGGACAGCUUAAGGGCAAAAUCGUACCUUUCGCACGAGGAAUCUCCUGCAUCAAGGGCGUCAACGUCACCGAUGAAGGCGUAUUUCUAUUCUCGGAGUGGAUUGGCGAGGGUCUAGGUAUCUACUGUGGUGCAUUAUCCGGCGCGAAUAUCGCCUCCGAAAUUGCGGCCGAGAAAUGGUCCGAAACUACGAUUGCGUACGACCCGCCGCCAAUGGACAACUCGCGUAAUCCUUCUCGCAACGCUACGCCCCGCUCUGCGACCCCCAGUCGAAACUCACCGCGGGCGUCCGCUGCUGAGCUAAGUAUUUCGCCGUUGGCGGAGACGCAGCAUAGAGAUGUUCGCGGCAGGAUUAGCAAGACUAAGUUAAUCCCCGUACCGCCUGAGUAUACGCCGCUUGACCACGAUACUUUUAAGACGUUAUUUCACCGGCCGUACUUCCAUGUCCGCAUGGUGUCCGACGUAGCAGGCGUAUCUCUAGGCGGAGCCCUGAAAAACAUCGUCGCGCUAGCGGCCGGUUUUGUAGACGGUCGAGGCUGGGGUGACAACGCCAAAGCAGCUAUCAUGCGAGUCGGACUCCUAGAAAUGGUGAAAUUCGGUCAUGAAUUCUUCGGCGAGACUAUCUCAACCCAAACCUUCACCGAGGAAAGUGCCGGUGUAGCCGAUUUAAUCACAAGUUGCAGCGGUGGUCGUAACUUCCGAUGCGCGAGGAAAGCUGUCGAGAAGGGCAUUUCCGUUCAGGAGGUCGAGCAAGCGGAAUUGAAUGGCCAGAAGUUGCAGGGUACCAGUACUGCCGCGGAAGUCAAUUCGUUCCUCAAGCGCAGGAAUCUCGAACAAGAAUACCCGCUAUUCACCGCCGUGCAUAACAUCCUUGAAGGUCGGAAUACUGUGGAUGAUAUUCCUGACCUUGUUUCGAGGACUUAGACAUUUGACAGGAGGAACAGAAAUAAGAGAAUGAACUUUAUCAGCGUUGGAAGUUAAAGAAAUUGAUGGGAUUAAGAGAAUAAUAUAAUUAUGAUUUUGCAUAGAGCAGUGUUCAAUCGGUUAAGGGUGCAUUUUUAUGAUUGGUCGCGGUAGAAAAUAGGCUAGAACGGGUUCUCCAGCAUGAUAUCCCAGAACACGGAAAACAUAAUUCAGAUUCAUC